CCACACUAUCUCUUCCUUUUCUUCUUCUUCUUCUUCUUCAUCAAACAUGAAACUGAACCGCCUCUGUUUCCUUAAACCGGCGGACUUCGUCCAGCCACUUGAUCCUGAAGAACUUCAAAAACCCACCAACAGCAAUGAACAACAACAAAACAAACAGCAUCGCAAUCGAGAUUGUUGGUCUCAAUUUCAAGCCUUCCUCCGAGAUUCCUUCUUCAAAUUCCAAGACCUCAAAAGGGCUACUUCCUGUUGCUACGGCGGAUCCACACAGUUGACGCCGUCCGUCGGUGGCGGCGGCGUGUUUCACGACACCGAUGGGGUGCAGCUUUCUGAGAAAGUCGGCGGUGACAACCCCAGAAUCUUCAGCUUUGCAGAGCUCUAUAUUGGAACCAAAGGGUUCUGUGCAGAGGAAAUUCUUGGCAGUGGGGGAUUUGGGAAAGUUUACAGAGCGAAUUUGCCUAGUGAUGGAACUCUGGUGGCUGUGAAAUGUUUGGCUGAAAAAGGGGAGAAGUUUGAGAAGACGUUUGUGGCGGAGCUGGUGGCGGUGGCCCAUCUCCGGCAUCGGAAUCUUGUUCGGCUUCGGGGGUGGUGUGUUCAUGAUGACCAGCUAUUUCUUGUUUAUGAUUAUAUGCCUAACCGGAGCUUAGACAGAGCACUUUUCCGGCGGCCGGAGAACGGCGGGACGGAUCUGAGCUGGAAACAGAGAGUGAAAAUCGUGAGUGGCUUGGCUGCUGCUCUGUUCUAUCUGCAUGAGAAAUUAGAGACGCAGAUCAUUCAUAGAGAUGUUAAAACCAGCAACGUGAUGCUUGAUUCCAAUUAUAACGCUAGGCUUGGUGAUUUCGGAUUGGCAAGGUGGUUAGAACAUGAACUUGAGUACCAAUACAGGAUGCCGUCGAUGGGCCACCACCAGUUCCGACUGGUGGAAACCACUAAAAUAGGCGGCACAAUUGGGUAUCUCCCACCGGAGAGUUUCCAGAAAAGAAGCAUUGCCACUGCAAAAUCUGAUGUUUUCAGCUUUGGAAUUGUGGUUCUUGAGGUGAUCUCUGGGCGGCGGGCAGUGGACCUGACAUGUCCUGAUGAUCAGAUUAUCUUGCUCGAUUGGAUUCGAAAGCUCUCCGAUGACGGUACGCUGCUGCUCGCCGGUGAUAGCCGGCUGGUAGAUGGGUCUUAUAACCUGAUUGAAAUGGAGCGUUUGAUCCAUUUGGGUCUUCUCUGUACACUCCAUAGCCCACAGUAUAGGCCAAGUAUGAAAUGGGUUGUGGAAGCAUUUUCCGGUGGUCUGAUGGGGAAUUUGCCGGCUCUGCCAUCGUUUCAGUCUCAUCCUCAGUACAUUUCUCUGUCUUCCCCCACCGGUGGCAGUACAACUAAAAGCACUAGCAGCAGCAUAACCACGGCGACAAGAUCAGACACAACAACAAUCACAGUUAAUUGCUCAGAUUUUGCAUCAGCCAAUGGAGAAACCAUAUAUAUGACUGCUGAGAAUGGCAUCAAUAACAAUUAUACCAACAAUUCUGAUAGGUUUCUUGACAGAUCAAAAACCAUUCAAAUGAUUGAAACGCCAAGAGAAAUAUCAUUCAAGGAGAUUAUUUCAGCCACCAAUAACUUCUCCGAUUCGCAGCGGGUGGCCGAGCUCGAUUUCGGAACUGCCUACCAUGGCUUCCUUGACAGCAGCCACCAUGUUCUAGUGAAGCGGCUUGGAAUGAAAACUUGUCCUGCGCUAAGGGAGAGAUUCUCGAAUGAACUCCUAAACUUAGGCCGGCUUCGCCAUAGAAACUUGAUUCAGCUUCGUGGGUGGUGCACAGAACAAGGGGAGAUGCUUGUGGUGUAUGAUUAUUCAGCUGACCGUCUCUUGAGCCACCUGCUUUUCCACCAUGACAAAGGAGCUUUACAAUGGUGCCAUAGAUACAACAUUAUCAAAUCUCUGGCUUCUGCUAUUCUGUAUCUUCAUGAGGAAUGGGAUGAACAAGUCAUCCACAGGAACAUAACUUCAUCAGCUGUUAUACUAGAUCCUGAUCUUAACCCAAGGUUGAGUUCUUUCGCUCUUGCAGAAUUCUUAACAAGAAACGAGCACGGCAAUCAUCACGUAACCAUAGAUAAAAGCAAAUCAGCUCACGGGAUUUUCGGGUACAUGUCGCCCGAGUAUCUAGACUCUGGGGAUGCUGUUGCGACAGCGGAUAUAUACAGCUUUGGUGUAGUGGUGCUCGAGGUGGUAACGGGACAAAUGGCCGUUGAUUUUCGUCGUCCAGAGGUAUUGCUAGUGUGGAAGGUCCAUGAAUUCCUCUCCCGGAAAAGACCACUGGAAGAAUUAGCUGAUAUAAGACUGGAUGGAGAAUACAACCACAAAGAACUGAUGAGACUGCUGAGAUUAGGAAUCGCUUGUACUCAUUCAAACCCAGAUUUGAGACCAAAAAUGAGGCAGAUAGUUAAAAUACUAGAUGGAAAUGACCAAUGCUUCUCUAAAGAACAAAGAAUGGAAAGCAUAGAAGGUUGGAAACAGAGAAAUGCAACUUCUCUGUCACUGGUUAAGAGGAUCCAAGCUCUGGGAAUACAGUGAAGAACUCUCUUUUUCUCUUCUUUCUCUCUCUUUGAUCUCUACACAGAGUUCUUGUUCAUAUUUUGUAAUGUAGAUAACAGUCAAGUAUGCCUUUUGAUGUUCCAUUUUGAGUAUCAAGAUAGCAGUCAAUUGUGUUCUUCUUGCAUGUCCACAGCCUUAGACCAA